CCACAUUUUGUAGAUUCGAGAAUGGUCUACAGGAGACGUGGUGGACCGGGUUCACGCAACCAUUAUUUUAUAAAUUACUCGGACGCAACGGCUAUUUUUUCCCACCCUCAUUAAUGAGGCAGCAACCGACCGUUGAGAUUCAAAAAUCGUUAAAAUCGUCGCAUCCAUUCCUCUCUAUGGACGGCCCAGAUUACUCGACCGUUGUGAUUCGAAUAUUUCCCCUACCUUUUCACAAAAACGAAGAAAAAAAAAGGGUAAAAAAAAAAAAGAAAAAAGGAAAAGUCAAACCCAACCGUUGGUGUCAAAAAUUCAAAUCCCAUCCAACGUUCCAAAAACUCCAUUUGUCCCCUUCAAAACCCCUCAACAACAACAACAACAUGUAAAAAUCAAUUUUUUUUUUCCAAUUUCCUCUUCAAUUUCCCCAUUUGAGCACCAAUCACAAGCCAUAAAAAUCGCUCCUUGUAGCGCAAAAUUGCUUCUUUUAGCAGCAAAAACGCCAUGGCUAGGAGAAGCUCUUCCCCGGCUGCUUCUCCGGUCACCAUCACCGUCUCCGCAACCGACGGCGGCGGAGGCGACGGCGGCGGCGGCAGCGGCGGCGCUCUGCGGCGGAGCAUCGGCCUCGCGAGCCCGAUCCCCCGCCGCUCCCUCAACCCCAACUCCCCUUCUAUGUGUGCAAGGAGGUACCUUUCCGCCUCGAAAGCCGAGGCCGAGGCCGAGGCCGAUGUUGACGCUGAUGCCGCGACGGUGAGCUCCUCCGAAUUCGUCCGCUACACCGUCCACAUCCCCCCGACCCCCGACCGCCACGCGUCGUCGGGACCCGAGGAUCCCCCACCAGAUCGGAGCUACAUCUCGGGGACGAUCUUCACAGGGGGGUUCAAUUGCGUCACCCGGGGCCACGUCGUCGACCGCCCCUCCCCGCCCCACCCCCGCGGCUCCGCCGUGUUGCCGCUCUGCAAGAUGAGGGGCUGCGACGGCCCCGCCUUCUCGAACCCCCCGUGCGAAUGCGGGUUUGCGAUAUGCAAGGAGUGCUACGAGGAGUGCGUCGAUGGCGGCGGACAUUGCCCGGGUUGUAAGGAGCUUUACAACACUCUAAGUGACGAGGACGAAGAGGAGAUCGAGGAGGAGGAGGCGGCGGCGGCGCUGCCGUUGGCGUCGAUGAAGGAUUUGAGGGGCGGAGGGGGCGCGGGGAAGUUGUCGAUGAUGUGCUCGACGAAGAUCCCCAACGGCGGUGGCGGCGGUAGCAAGGGCCCGUCGGAUUUCGAUCACAGCCGGUGGUUGUUCGAGACGAAGGGGACGUACGGCUACGGGAACGCGGUGUGGCCCAAAGACAACGGCGGGCACUGCGGCGGCGCGGGCGCGGGGUUUAAGGGGUUCGAAGAGCCGCCCAAUUUCGGCGGCAAGUGUCGGCGGCCGCUCACGCGGAAGGUCGGGGUCUCGCAAGCAAUUCUCAGCCCCUACAGGUUGUUGAUUGUUAUCCGGCUCGUCGCGCUCGGCUUCUUCCUCAUGUGGCGGAUGCGGCACCCGAACCGCGAGGCGGUGUGGCUGUGGGGGCUGUCGAUCGCCUGCGAGACGUGGUUCGCCUUCUCGUGGCUCCUGGACCAGCUCCCGAAGCUCUGCCCGGUGAACCGGGCCGCCGACCUGGCGGUGCUCAGGGACCGGUUCGAGUCCCCCAGCGCCCGCAACCCCAAGGGCCGGUCCGACCUCCCGGGCGUCGACGUGUUCGUCUCCACCGCCGACCCGGACAAGGAGCCCCCCCUCGUCACCGCCAACACCGUCCUCUCGAUCCUCGCGGUCGACUACCCCGUCGAGAAGCUCUCUUGCUACUUAUCCGACGACGGGGGCUCGCUCCUCACCUUCGAGGCCUUGGCGGAGACCGCCAGCUUCGCAAGGAUCUGGGUCCCCUUCUGCCGCAAGCACGACAUCGAGCCGCGCAACCCCGACGCCUACUUCGGGCAGAAGCGCGACUUCCUGAAGAACAAGGUGAGGCUCGACUUUGUGCGGGAGAGGCGCAAGGUGAAGAGAGAGUACGACGAAUUCAAGGUGCGGAUCAACUCGCUGCCCGAGUCGAUUCGGAGGCGGUCGGACGCGUACAACGCGCACGAGGAGCUGCGCGCGCGGCAGAAGCAGCAGCAGAUCGCGGGGAACUUCGCCGCCUCACCUUCGUCGGAGCCGAUUAGAGUUGCGAAGGCAACUUGGAUGAGUGAUGGGUCUCACUGGCCUGGGACUUGGCUUUCACCUGAUGCAGAUCAUUCAAGGGCUGAUCAUGCAGGAAUCAUUCAGGCAAUGCUUGCUCCCCCGAGCUCCGAACCCGAAAUCGGCGCCGAAGCGGACGAGAACAACCUCAUCAACACGUCCGGCGUGGACAUAAGGCUGCCGAUGCUGGUCUACGUCUCGCGCGAGAAGAGGCCCGGGUACGAUCACAACAAGAAGGCCGGAGCUAUGAACGCGCUCGUCCGGACGAGCGCGAUCAUGUCGAACGGCCCCUUCAUCCUGAAUUUAGAUUGUGAUCACUACAUUUACAACUCCUUGGCUCUCCGCGAGGGCAUGUGCUUCAUGCUCGACCGAGGCGGCGACCGGAUUUGCUAUGUUCAGUUCCCGCAGAGGUUCGAGGGGAUUGAUCCGAACGAUCGGUACGCAAACCAUAACUUGGUGUUCUUCGACGUCACGAUGCGAGCCAUGGACGGUCUGCAAGGCCCGAUGUAUGUCGGCACCGGUUGCGUGUUCCGUCGGACCGCGCUCUACGGGUUUAGCCCUCCGCGCGCCACGGAGCACCGCGGUUGGUUCGGUCGGAAGAAGAUCAAGCUCUUCUCGCGGAAGCCGACGAUGGGGAAGAAGAGUGACCGCGUCGACGAAAUCGUGCUGCCGCAGAUCGGCGACGUCGAGAGCGAAGACGGGGAUGUCGAAUCGUCUGCCGCACUUCUGCCGAAGAGAUUCGGGAGCUCGGCGAUUCUGCUGGCGUCGAUACCGGUGGCGGAGUACCAAGGGAGGCUGCUCCAGGACCUGCCGGGGGUCCGCCACGGCCGGCCCGCGGGCGCGCUGGCGGUCCCGCGGGAGCCGCUGGACGCCGCGACCGUCGCGGAGGCCAUCAGCGUGAUCUCGUGCUUCUACGAGGACAAGACCGAGUGGGGCCGCCGCGUCGGGUGGAUCUACGGGUCGGUCACCGAGGACGUGGUCACCGGGUACAGGAUGCACAACCGCGGGUGGCGCUCGGUGUACUGCGUCACGAAGAGAGACGCCUUCCGCGGGACCGCCCCGAUCAACCUAACCGAUCGGCUGCAUCAGGUGCUCCGCUGGGCCACGGGCUCGGUCGAGAUCUUCUUCUCGCGGAACAACGCGCUCUUCGCGUCCCGAAGGAUGAAGUUCCUGCAAAGGGUGGCUUACUUCAACGUCGGCAUGUAUCCGUUCACGUCGAUCUUUCUUCUGGUCUACUGCGUCCUCCCCGCGGUUUCCCUCUUCAGCGGCCAGUUCAUAGUUCAAUCACUGAGCAUCACUUUCCUGAUCUUUCUACUGGCGAUAACGGUCACGCUGUGCUUGCUCGCGUUGCUCGAGAUCAAGUGGUCGGGGAUUACGCUGCACGAGUGGUGGCGCAACGAGCAGUUCUGGGUGAUCGGCGGGACGAGCGCGCACCCGGCCGCGGUCCUGCAGGGGCUGCUAAAAGUGAUCGCGGGGGUCGACAUAUCCUUCACGCUGACAUCGAAGCCCGCGGCGGAUGAGAACGACGACGCCUUCGCGGAGCUCUACGUCGUGAAGUGGAGCUUCCUGAUGGUGCCCCCGAUCACGAUCGUGAUGAUCAACGCGAUCGCGAUCGCGAUGGCCGUGGCCAGGACCAUGUACAGCGAGUUCCCGCAGUGGAGCAAGCUGCUCGGAGGGGUGUUCUUCAGCUUCUGGGUGCUGUGCCACCUCUACCCCUUCGCGAAAGGGCUCAUGGGGCGGCGCGGGAAGGUGCCGACGAUCGUGUUCGUGUGGUCGGGGCUGAUUUCGAUUGUUAUUUCCCUCCUUUGGGUCUACAUUAGCCCUCCUGCAGGUGUGAGAAAGGACUACAUGAAUUUCCAGUUUCCAUGAUCAGCAAAACAGCAGUAGAAAACAGCAGCAGCAGUAAAAAAGCAUUUCAUGUUUGUUAUAUACACUUGUUUUGUACUCUUUUUUUUUUGGAUUUGUUGAUGAUCUAUCUAUCUACAUGAAGAUCUGCUUCAUGUAUGUGGUCAUUUCUGCUUGUUUUUCUGCAAACUUAAUCAUGUAAUGUGUUCUAAUUGUUGUUCAGAUUCAGAUAGUUUUAGAUUUCA